UACGAAAAGAAACAGAAUAGAGGAAUCGGAUGAAGAAAUUGACAUCAGCUUGACGGAAAAAGAAAUAUUUAUGCGGGAAAAUCAAGUGACGGCGGAUAAUAAGGAAAGAAUGGUUCAAUUUCAUCGCGACACCAUAGAAACCCGCCGAAAGUGGAUUGCCGAUAAAAAGCUUACAGUAACUGAUAUUAUGAAGCGAUUCCCGAGGUUUACAUCUACAAAGGAUGCGAUUGACUGUGACCUUAAAUCUGCCGACGGAUGGGAAACUGCUCUGUUUACGGAGAGGUGGAAAAAAAUAGAAAAGUCCUUGGCCAUCGAAAUUUUGAAAAAACAUGGAGUAUUUCUGGAGCCUAGUGAAUUUACGACGGGUAUAGUUAAAUCUUAUGAAGACCCCUUGUGUGAUUUCAAUGCAGCCAACGAGAGAACUCUCUUGAUUUUUCUAUCGCUCCCAGUGCUUUUUCCACCGCGCCCGUCUAGGGCCUUCAAAGGCAAUACGAUCCCUAAUGUCACCAUGCUUUCUAAAAAACUUGUUCGGCGGUUUCCAAAUGGCACUAACUUAGCUGAAGCACUACAACAAGCUGAAUCCGACGGCAUGAUUCAGCCUGGAUUAAUUGUAAUUGGCGAUCGUCGUUACAUCAAGGCUGAUCUCAUCCCAAUCAAAAUUUCUACCUCAUCUGCAGCUGAAUCAAUUUCAAUUUUAUUCGCUGUUUAUCACAUAUUCAACCUUAGUUUCCCUGAACACCUGAAUUUAGUGUACAAUUUUUUGCAAAAUAUGGUGAAUUUUGUUGAAAAAGAGACUUCACAGCCCCCAAACAAGAAAAAGAAAUCGUCAUCAAAGUCCCUAGUAGUCAACGAAUUUUCGAUGAAAAUUCUUAAUCAGUUGUCUAAUCAAGAACAAAUUGUUUUGUGUGACUCGAUAUGACUUCCGAAAUUCUGAAUAAUAAAAGGUUUUUCUAUAAAA